AUGCAAGAGGCGAUGAUCGCAGGUCACGCCCUCAAGUGGACCUUCGUCUUCUACUUCCUCGCUCACAUCCCGUGGAUGUUAUUCAAUCGAUAUGCCUUUCUGUCCCAGUUUUUCACCUGGUACACAACUACCUUCAAGGAUCCACUAAUGGGGAAUCCCGAGCCCUUAUUUCGCUCCCUUCUUUACAUGGAAACCAUUCUGGAACUGAUUUUCUUCCCCACUGCCACCUAUGCUUUCUGGAAAGUUGCCUGGCCCAGAUCCUGUUUGCUGAUUUCCCCAGCCCAGGAACCCUGGAGAAACACCUCUCCUCUCUCCACUGCCUUUGCUCCUUUCUUAGUCGUUCCCCUCCUGAUGCUGCUUCUGGUGCGCUUCAGCCCUGCUUACAACCAAGUGGAAAAAGAGAAAAAGAAGUAAAGGCAUUGGCUCUUCUUCUCCUGCAGGAAGGGA